CAUUGCCAGUUUCCGCGUGAGCUGUCAGAGCGAUCGCGCCACCAUGGCUGUCUGCGCUAAGUGGGCGUUAGCGGCCUUUCUGUGCGCUGCCGCCACAGUUCGGGGCGCCUGGGGCGCGCUGAGCGGCGGGAUGCUGUAUCCCAGGGAGUCCCCGUCGCGGGAAGUAAAGGACCUGAGUGGCUUGUGGAGCUUCAGGGCCGAUUUCUCGCCCGGCAGGAACGCGGGCUUCGAGAAGUCGUGGUUCAGCGGGAGACUGUCGGAGACCGGUCCUGUGAUCGACAUGCCCGUGCCGGCCAGUUUCAACGACAUCACCCAGGAGGCGCAGCUGAGGGAUUUCAUCGGCUGGGUGUGGUACGACCGCGAGCUCUGGGUGCCGGGCCGCUGGCUGUCCGACGAGGGACUCCGGAUAGUCCUGAGAGUGGGAAGUGCACACUACUACUCCAUAGUUUGGGUGAAUGGUGCGAAGGUGAUGGAGCACGAGGGCGGUCAUCUUCCUUUCGAGGCGGACGUCGGCAACGUGCUGCGGAAGAACCCCAGCCAGCCCUGCCGGAUCACCAUCGCGGUGAACAACACCCUGACUCUCCAGACGCUGCCCCCUGGGAGCAUCCAACACAUGGACGACCCCACGAUGUAUCCACCCGGAUAUUUUGUGCAGAAUAUAAACUUUGACUUCUUUAACUACGCCGGAAUACAUCGGCCUGUGCUGCUGUACACAACUCCUAACGUGUAUAUUGAUGACAUCGCGGUGCAGACGAGCUUUGCCGACAACAUUGGGAUAAUAGUCUACCAGGUGUCCGUAGCGGGGAGUUCAGAGCCAGCGGUUCAGGUGACGCUGACGGACAAGGACGGCCGCUGCGCGGCUACUUCCGGCGGGUCUUCAGGAACUCUCCGGGUGACUGACGUCAACCUCUGGUGGCCCUAUCUAAUGCACGAAAACCCCGGAUACUUGUACUCCCUGGAGGUGCACCUGACGGCAAAGAGCGGCGGAGAGCAGCUCGAGGACCUCUACGCGCUGCCCGUGGGCGUCCGCACCGUGCGGGUCACCGACACGCGGUUCUUCAUCAACAACAAGCCCUUCUACUUCCACGGGGUGAACAAACACGAGGACUAUGACAUCCGGGGGAAGGGCCUCGACUGGCCGCUCGUCGUCAAAGACUUUAACCUGUUGAAGUGGCUGGGUGCCAAUUCGUUCCGGACGAGUCACUACCCGUACGCGGAGGAGAUCCUGCAGAUGUGCGACCGACACGGCAUCGUCGUCAUAGACGAGUGCCCCGGGGUGGGCAUCAAGGACAUCCGCAGUUUUGGAAACGCUUCCCUUGCCCACCACCUGGUGGUAAUGGAAGAGCUGGUGAGGAGGGACAAGAACCAUCCCUCUGUGGUCAUGUGGUCCGUAGCCAAUGAGCCGGCUUCUGAGAUGCCCCCCGCUGGCCGCUACUUCAAGGAGCUCAUAUCCCACACGAAGGCUCUGGAUCCUCACCGGCCCGUUACGUUCGUCUCGAACAGCAACUUCAACCGCGAUCUGGGGGCUCCCUACGUAGACGUCAUUUGCGUGAACAGCUACUUCUCCUGGUACCGCGACCCAGGACACGUGGAAGUCAUUCCGAUCCAGCUAAAGACCCAGUUUGAAAACUGGCACGGGAAGUACCAGAGGCCCAUCAUUCAGAGCGAGUACGGCGCCGACGUGGUGUCCGGCUUACACUCCGACCCACCCAUGAUGUUCACGGAGGAGUACCAGGAGGUGGUCCUGCAGAACUACCACAAGGUGUUCGAUCAGAAAAGGAAGGAGUACGUCGUCGGAGAACUCAUCUGGAACUUCGCGGAUUUCAUGACGGCUCAAGGUACGCUUCGAGUUGUGGGAAACAAGAAGGGCAUCUUCACCCGCCAGCGGCAGCCCAAAAGUGGCGCCUUCAUCCUCAGAGACAGGUACUGGAGGCUGGCCAACGAGACAGGCCGCCUGCCCCCCUGGACCAGAUACCCCUGCCACUGAGCCAAGGGUUCGGCUCCCUGGGGGGGGGGGGUAUAUCACUGCUCUCGUAACCUUUGCACAUUUAAUCAGUUGUGCUGGAACUUCCAAAUCAUUCGUUUAGCUGCACCUUCUUUUUGGUCCCAUAGUUUUCAGUCAAGAAAUGAAUCCAAGUGCCUUUGUAAUGCAAAUAUGAGUGGGAAGAAUUUUUUUAGGACUUUUCAUAAGCGAUCAUGUGCGAUAAGUACGUAACCAGGGUGCAGAUCAGCCCGACUUCACGACCUCCUUCCCACGAGAUGCCAACGGACUCCUAGCCUUGAAAGGUAUUCAUGUCCAAAGUGCUUUCCCUCCUCGUUUAUUUUUCUUUCUCCGCAGGACCAUCUUAUCAGCUAGAACAAGAAAUAAACCCAUGUUCUCUCAGGGUCAGAAUGUGUCUGGUUGAUGUUUCUUAAGAUCCCUCAAGUAGGUCAGAUCCAUGGAAACUGGCAUUUAGUGUUUCAAAACAUUUCGAUAUGCAUUUUUACACCGAGCAAGGGAGUUUCCAAUGUUUCGUAGCAACCUGAAUUUAAAGUACUAGGUGUUCAGGUCCAGUGCAUUGUUGAACUCUAGAGCAAUCCACUGUAUAUCCAGGAUGAUCUGAUGCAACGUAACGAAAACUGGUUAUGGCUUUUUUUCUUAUUUCUUUCUUGCUGCUUUGCAUAUGUGAUGUGGACUACUGAUGUCACUCAAGUUUUCCUUGCACUGCCCAGUAACGAAGAACAUGUUGUCCAAGAAACUGAUUCAGCUGCUUAGUCACACGGAUAUUUGUCAUCAAACCCGUUUUUUAACCAUUUACAUGAUGUAUUAUGGGAGUGUGAGACUUGAAAUGAUUUGUAUUAUGUAACAAGAUUAUGGAUCCACUGCCAUUUGUACAAUAAUUUCUAUGCAAAAUUUGGGCAAUAAAAAAUUUCCUUGAA